AUGGGUGGGAGGCACGAAAUGAGUAACAAUUCGAAUUCAUUCGAGUCAUUCUUGGAGGGCUGGCAGGUUCGUCAAGAACACUACCUUGACGAACUCCUCACGGUGCUUGAAAAUUGUCACGAGUUUCGCGAUGAUGAUUUGAGAGAUCUGAUUGCUCGAGUGCUCACUCACUACCAAGAUUACUACGAAGAAAAAUCAAAACUAGUCAACCGGGACGUGUUCCUCGCGUUCUCGCCGACUUGGUUCAGUCACUUCGAGAGAUCUUUCUUUUGGAUUGCCGGGUUCAAACCCGGAUUGGCAAUUCGGCUGGGGAUGAACUCGGUGGAUGACUUGUCGGAGGAUCAGAUUCGGAAAAUGGAGCUAUUGAAGGCUGUGAUUAAAAUGGAAGAGAAAACGCUGAUGGAAAAGUUGGCUAAGAUUCAGGAAAGCGUCGCAGCGCCGCCGGUGGUGGAGCUAGCGAGGCGGGCGGGGCGAAAACUCAUGAAUGGGGAGGCUCAGGAGGUGGACUCGGUGAUUGAGAUGUUGAGGAUGGCGAUGGAGGCGGUGCUUCACACGGCGGAUAUGUUGAGGACGACGGCGACGGAGAGUGUGGUGAAAAUACUAAAUCCAAUCCAGAAUGUGAAGUUCUUGGCUGCCGCAACUCAGCUUCAGCUUAGGAUUCGGAUGCUAGGAAUGCAGAGAGAGGCUGAGCAAAGGGCUAACAAUAGAGGUGGUGAGUUUUGA